UGCUAGUGCAGUUAUUGAGACUAUGAAUGUUUUUUUUUACUCAGCCACUACGCGCACUUUAGUAUAGAAACAAAAGUAUCGAUAUCGAUACUCUAAUUUACUCGUAUCGAAUCAUCCCUAGUUAUGGCUUUUUCUUAAAGUCCCUAGAUAUAUAUAUCUAGGGACUUUACUUUUUUUAUUUUACGUUUGGUGAUACUGCUGCGCGUGGACUUUUGUUUACAAAAUCAGCUGUUUAGCAGUAGAUAUUCAGCAAAUACCAGUAUGUAUUCAGUAUUCGCUCACAUUCGAGCAUUUUCAUUUUUUCAGGGGAUUGAUUUUAGGUAUUAUUUGUUAUUUUAGUGCAAAAAACUAAUCACUUUGAUGCAUUUGAUGUUUAAACGUGGUUUAAACUCUGUGUUUAAAUGGCUUAAGAGUCUAACAAUUCAGAGUGUGUUUUUUUGUGAUGCGCCUCAUCUUUGUUGUGUUCCUGAUUGCAAGAGUAAAUUGAGAACAUAUUAAUAUCAAAUUCACAUCAAUAACUUCAAGAUUGACGACGUACCUAAAGUCCUUCUAAAGUGGACCAUCACCCUUUGGUGCUUGUUGUACUCCUGUAUUAUCAAUUAUUUUAAGCAUGCCUUUUUCAUGCUCUGUUCCAAAUUGUCGCGGGAAUUAUAGAGGAGGUCCCAAGGUUUCUGCUUUUAUAUUCCCCAAAAAUGACGAGCUUCGUAAAAAAUGGUUGACAGCUAUUAAAAGAGAUAAUUUCACUCCUACUAGCAGUUCUCGGGUAUGUGAAUUACAUUUUCGCAAUGAAGAAGUUGAAAGGAGUACAAAAUUUUAUGUUACAACGGGUGAAGCAUUGGAUGUACCUUUAAAGGUACCGAGGCUAAAAAAAGGUGCGAUUCCGAGUAAACUACCAGGUUGCCCAGAAUAUUUGUCGAAACAAACCACAUAUCGAGAGGGUCCUGAAUUAAAAAAGCAAAAAGAAGAAAAUGCUUUGUUUCAAAAAGCUGUUGCUGAGAGUGUAGCUAGUGCUAGUACAUAUGACGCGGUACAUUCAUUAUCAACUUUCAAUGAAUUAUAUUCAAGUAAUGUAUGCGAAUUACGCUUUCGGCCCCACGAAAUUGAAAGAGUAGCUUCUUAUUAUGUGGAAAGAACUGGCGAACUAUUAACUGCUCCAUUAAAGAAUCCAAGAGUUGCUAAAGAUGCAGUACCUUCUAAACUACCUGGUUGCUCCACGUACCGUUUUAAAAAACAAAAGCCCGAUAGGUCUCGGAAGAAAGCGCCAGAGGAAAAAAAGGGACCUUUGUCUCUCAGAGUAUGCCGAACCUGCUUAGCUCAUAAGGACCUGUAUUUAAUUGACAAUGUUAAUCGGGAAGGUCUUGAUCUUAAAGAAAUAAUCGAAAAUUGGACCCCUCUUAAGUUAAAAAAGAAUGAGAAACUCCCAAGAAAGAUGUGUCAACGUUGUAUUAAUAAUAUGUACCAAACAUACCAAUUUUUACUUAAGUGUAAGAAGUCAGAAGAAACUUUAAAACGAUAUUUUUAUCAAGGCGUACAGAAUGAACUUAACGAACAAGUUUUAAUUGCAAAAAACUCUGAAAUGGAGGUUUGUGAAAACAGUACAUAUAAGAAAAACAACAAGACGAAAUCUGAUAGUGAGAAUGUAGAUGAUAUUCAAUCAGAUAUUCAUUACACAGAGGAUCUGUCUGAUGUUCGUGAAAAUAAUACAUACAAGAAAAACAAGGCAAAAUCAGAUAGUGAGAAUGUAGGUGAUAUUUAUUCAGAUAUUCAUUACACAGAUGAUCUGUCUGAUGUUGGUGAAAACAAUACAUAUAAGAAAAAUAACAAGGCGAAAUCAGAUAGUGAGAAUGUAGGUGAUAUUUAUUCAGAUAUUCAUUACACAGAUGAUCUGUCUGAUGUUGGUGAAAACAAUACAUAUAAGAAAAAUAACCAGGGGAAAUCAGAUAGCGAGAAUGUAGGUGAUAUUCAUUCAGAUAUUCAUUACACAGAGGAUCUGUCUGAUGUUGAAGAUUCUAAAGAAUUGAUUAAUAUUGUAUUUGAUGACCCAGAGAGUGAGAAAGGAGAAAAUACUAAUACUUUAUCGAGGAUUACAAAUAUUAAAAUAGAAUUUGAUGAGAAUGAAGUAAUAGACAAUGAAAUUAAGACAACCAAUGAUGAACAAACAGUACACGAUGAUAAUUUAACAGAUCUUGUAAAUAAGGAAUUAAAAAAUGAUGUAGGUGAUGACAGACACGAAAAAGAUAACGCUGAUGUUUUAUUUGAUAUCGCAAAUGAUCAAACUGAAAUUAAGCAGAUCGAAGUAAAGAAUAAAUCUAUGAAAAGACGAAGACUAAAGGCACAGCUAAUUGAUAAAAAACAUCUAUCAAAAAGUAAAAAUAUAUCAUAUGUUUUCCUAAAAGGUCCACCAUACAUAUGCAUCACAUGUGAUGCAUCUUUCCAAAGCUACAAGGAACUACGAAAGCACAAAACUGAGACCAAUCACAAGAAACUGUCAAAGUUUUUAUGUCCAUAUUGUAAUAAGAAACAUGAUAGUUACUCUACACACGUGGAACACGUUCGAACUCAUACAGGAGAAAAACCAAAUAAAUGCUCUAUAUGUGGCAAACGCUUCAAUUUACAGUGUGUCCUUAAAAGACAUAUGCUUACCCAUAUGGAAGUCAAGCCACAUAGUUGUACAUUUUGUAAUAAACAAUUUACACGCAGGCAAUAUUUAACGGACCAUGAAAGAAAACAUACGGGGGAAAAAUUGAUAUGCUCAUUUUGUGGCAAAGGAUUUUCCUCGUAUGGUUUAUUACGCUGUCAUGAAAAGGCUCAUAAAGGGCCUCCGGGAAGCGAUAACAAAUCAAACAAAAGUACGGACCCAAUGGCAAGAGAUAAGUUAUUUGAAUGUCAUGUUUGCGGAAAGGAAUUACAAUCACACCCAAGUUUAAAAGCGCAUCUACGUCUUUUACAUGGUCCAAGAAAUUUUAAAUGUGAAAUAUGUGGAAGAGCUUACGUUAGUAAAAAACAUUUAGAAGAUCAUAUACGAAUAUCUCAUCAAGGCAUUAAACAUUUCUGUAACGUAUGUGACAAGGCAUAUACACGAGUAAAUGACUUGAAGUUUCAUAUGAAAUCACAUCUUGGGCCAAAUGUUUAUCCCUGCGAACUAUGUGAAAAAACAUUUACAUAUAAAAACUCUUUAGUUCAGCAUCGGCGAAUUCAUACUGGCGAUACAAAAUAUCAAUGCAAAGAGUGUUUUCACAUAUGUGUGAAUAAGCGUAAUCUAGAGCAGCACAUGCGUGUCCAUACCGGAGAUAAACAAUUCGUCUGCAAUUUUUGUGGAAAAAUGUUUGCCCAACAGACUAACCUGUAUGCUCAUAUGAAAAUCCAUACCGGGGAGAAAAACUACGCUUGUGAAAUAUGUGGUAAAACUUUUUAUCGAGUCAGAGUAUUGAACAAACACCUGGCAACUCAUGCCAAGCAUAAAGAACUUUAAGACGCCGAGUAGAAAAUUGUAUUUGAUAUUUGUAUAGUUUUUUUUAUAAAUCCAUUUUUUGUAAGAUAUUUUUUAUGUAAUAUUUGCUGUAGUGUACAAAAAUUACUUAUAAUUACACAGGACAUACUUAUUUACUUACAUGUAUGCAUUUAUCUAGGUAUAUAAACAAAUAUUGGUUUAAAAUUUAAAUAAGCAUCAAAGUUAAUAAGAAAAUAUUUUACGUAUAUGUAUUUUUUAUAUUUCAUAUUUGUUUAUAAGGAGUUACAAGAUCAUGAUAUUUCUCUAUAUAAUUAAAUUUGUUUGCAAAGU